AUGUCUUCUACUAGAGGCGCUCCGCGUGGAGGAGGUACCCUUGGCGGAAGACGAGGUGCCUCAGGUGGAAGAGGAGGUACCUCAAGCACAAAAGGAAAGGGCCGUGAGGUCCCGGCAAGUGCAGGGGCCUCCCAAGCUGGCCGAAGAUUUCUCAUAUUUUGCGAUGGGACUGGCGAAAAUGCAGCCGCCAGCAGUGGCCCAGCAAGUAACCUAGCGACACUCGCACUCUCCAUUGGAGCCCAAGGCAGGGACCACCAGGAUCAAAUUGUUUAUUAUCAGCAGGGACUGGGCACUGGUACCGGAUUCCCUGGUACAGUACGAAAAAUCUUUGAGAUGGCAGUUGGACAAGGCAUCGACGAAAACAUCAAGGCCAUAUACAAUGCCCUUGCUCCUUUAUCACCCGCUCAAGCCCAACGGGCACCCCCUGACGCUCCACCAAGAAUCCGAAACGGUGACACUUUAUGUUUCUUUGGAUUCUCCAGAGGUGCUGCAACAGCACGUUUGGCGGCCGAUUUCAUUGCGACUGUUGGUUUCCUCAGUGGAGGGCCGAAUCAGAGCUUCAAUGUGAACAAGUUCUUCACGACCUGGGCUGGUCUAUCAGAGAACAGUCGGUAUCGAGAUCCGCAGAGUUAUCCCGUCAUCCACCCCAGGAUCGAAUGCGUGGCAGUUUUCGACACAGUCGAGGCCCUGACAGUGCCGAGAACCACUCAACAGAGAGCGCGCCCAGGAGUACCCCCUACAAUCCCGACUCUCUCGACAAAGGCAAAGCUCCUGCAUCCAAGUAUCCCAUAUGGAUUUCAAGCACUUGCGCUGCAUGAAAUGCGCAACGCCUUUUUACCAGAGGUGUGGGGUCCGCCAAAGGCCCUUGGACAAAGGAUUCAACAGACAUGGUUUAUUGGGAAACAUUCAGAUAUCGGUGGCGGCCCUCCCUCGGACGCGCCAGACGCUGGUCUGGCGUCUGAAGUUCUACGAUGGAUGGUAGCGCGGACGGAGGCCAUCGGCAUCGGAUUUGCUGCGACGGAGGAGCUUAACCACUUGUUGUCAAUCCCAGAAUCAGAGGCCGGGCAGGGGCAUGUUCGAAACCAAGGGACAAUCUCGGGGGCCGUCAUGGGAGGCCAGACAGCAAGAACACCAGGACGAUAUCAGCCGAACCAGGAGCAAGUUCACAUCUCCGUCCGAAAUAGAGGGCAGUUGAACCUCCAAGACUUACCACCCCAGCCUCCCCUGGUCGACCUCAUCGGGCAGCCAGAGGAACAACAAGGGGGCGCCUUUAUAUGGAUCAAUGGAGACGUCAGGAUGCCGGAAGACACACUCAUUGCACCUCCGGAAGGCAGCACCACGACUCAGACCACGAGCGCACCAAGGCAUCCAUUGCCUAGUGUCUCAAAUCCAGCCGGCGGGGUACCUCGUCCACCGGGACAAAAUCAACCAGGAGGAUCUCAGCAGACUGGAACGUGA